GGCGCACCGCUCCUUCAUUUCCCCCAUAAAUUAAGCCACCAAAAAUCUCACACUCCACCCCUUUCCAGAGUUCCAAAAUGGCCUUCUUCACUAACCUCUGCAGAGCCUCUUCACCCACCAAGGCCACCUUUCUCCUCCGCCAAGUGCGGUGUAUGAGCAAUGUCCCUGAGAACACCGUCUACGGCGGGCCAAAGCCCCAGAACCCCAAUCAGAGAGUUACUCUAACCAAUUUGCGGCAGAAGCACAAAAAGGGCGAGCCGAUCACUGUCGU